AUGUUUAGCCCAUUCAGAGAGCGUUUCUCGCUGUCAUGUUCGUCGCCUUCGUCAUCGCCCUCAUCACCAUCUUCAAAGCACAAACGCAAUUCCAUUCCGAGCGGUGUUCUUGCAACGCCAUCAUCUAAAGUAAUAGUAGCAGUAGCAGUAGGUCUUGGCACAAUACGAGACGAUGUAAGCAUUCUAAACGACGCAAAUAUGGCUGUUGGUGGUGGUGCUGUGGGCAAUACGACGACGAGUGCGGCUGCUGGCCAUGGCAAUACUAGUAAUAUGACGACUAGUGGUGCUAAUGUGAUGCUGAUGAAAACACUGAAACGAUUACCGAUAAUUAAUGAGCGACAACGUUGGCGACGUACGGCGGCGGCGGCAGCCGAUUUGCGGCUGCUACUGCAACUUCGAUGUGGCACGCAAAUUGCUGCUGGUGGUGGUGGUGCGGCAGCAGCAGCAGCAGCACCACCACUUGGUAUUCAUAAUCCGUGA